UAUUACAAAUGAGUCAAUUACGUGCUGCAAUGAAUCAUCGUAACAAUUUAAAAGCUAUUGAAAAUUCAAUUAAAAAAUAUCAAGAAAAUAUUCUAAUAUUGCUUCCAGAGUCUGAUAAUUCUGAAAUAUCAGCAGAUCUUACACAAACUAAUCAAGAAUAUACAAUAAUUGAUAGUGAUUCUGAAAAUGAAGAAAUUCAGACCUCAGAACAAGAAAGAAAUACUAAUGCUAUGGGUGAAAAGGAAUGGAACGAA